UGGAAUGUGGAAUCGGAAGCAAAGCCAAAUUCCCAAUUCAGUCAGGUCGGCCGACUCUCUCAGCUCUCACUCACUCUCUCUCUCUCUCUAUAGAUAUCCGCCCUUUCAGCCUAAUCUCAACGCUUAACCCAAAUGCUUUAACAAUGGCGGACAAUUCUAGACCAGCUACCGGCUAUCCUGCGCCAGGUUACCCCGUCGGCUGCAACCCAAACGGCAUCGCCGGAACCGGCUACCCUUACGCCGCGCCGCCGCCUCAGUCGACGUACUACAACGCUAACCCCUACUACGCCCAGCAGUACCCGGACCGCCGCGCCACCUGCCUCCGCCGCUUGCUCGUCAUCGUCAUCGCCCUCUUCGUUAUCUUCGGUUCCGUCUUCUUCAUUGUAUGGCUGGUGGUCCGCCCCCGCCUCCCCGAGGUCCGAAUCGACUCCGUCGCUCUCUCCAACUUCAACCUCUCGUCCUCCCUCUUCACCGGCAACUGGGACGUCCGAUUUACCGUCCGAAACCCUAACCACAAGAUGACGCUCUACUACGACCACAUCGACUCGUCGAUCCUUUACCUGACCGAAGCGCUCGCCGAGACCACCGUGCCGCCGUUCGCUCAGGGAACGAAGAAUCAGACGUCGAUGAGAGCCACCUUCGCCGCGGCGUCGACCUACUUGGACAAGAGCGUUGUGGAUCACAUGAAUGGGGAGAGGGCCAAAGGAAACGUGAAUUUCAAUGUUAGAAUGUUCGCUAGGGUUAGAUUUAAAGCCGGCGCGUGGCGGGCGAGACAACGCUUCCUGAGGGUCUUCUGCGGGGAUUUGCCGGUCGGCCUUUCGUCGAACGGUGCUAGAGGGACGCUGGUCGGCGAAGCAAGAGAGUGCAGGCUUCGUCUGUGAAUGUUCCUGGUUUUAGGGUGCAGACAAAGCCAUUUACGUUUAUCACCACCUUUUGUGUGAAUCACUCCAUGGUCCCGUAAAAAUGUAUGACUUUGUGAAGUGUGUUGGUCUUGCAGGGAGGUGAUGAACAGUCUUUUAUUCUCAGAAAAGAAGAGAUGCUGCUAUAUGAUUGCGGCCAUGUUGAGUAUUUAGUUUCAGUCCAAAUGGCGGAACUAUGUUGAACUUUAAAAUUUAUCAAACAAGUUGGGCUUAGUCUAGAAAUUUCGUGAAGAAAAGCUUGCAAAUAUAUAUAUAUAUAUAUAUAUAUUAUUUAUGGAUUACCAUCAUCACAGAGAGGUCUCAUUCAUGA